AUGGAAAUCAGCCAAGUUGCAAACCCUGUGCAUAAAAUCGGACAGGAAGAACUCGAUCCACACAUAUACGAUGACAAUGGCGAUCCCCAUCGCACCGCGCUCGAAGAUAGUAAUGCCGAUGGCAAAGUGUCAUGGUCAACUAUCGUAGCGAUUCUCUUUUUGUCCUUCACUGUUCAUCCGGGUCUCAGCUUUACUCUGCUCACGAUAUUUCCUAUUCUGACUAGAAUUGGGAUAGCCUUGCAGGGCACUACGCUGAACGUUAACUGGAUGGUUUCUGGAUGGACAGUCGGAGGCAGCGUUGCAUUUGCAAUCGCGGGCCAGCUCAGUGAUUAUUUUGGUCGACGAUAUAUUAUUCUUACUGGUCAGGGAUUACUGAUCGUUGGCCAUAUAGUUGGUUCAACCGCGCAGAGCGUAAAUCAGUGUAUAGCUAGCAUGGUCAUCCUGGGACUAGGAACAGGGACUAUAUUUGUAAUCUACCCAAGCAUUGCUGAACUGUUGCCAAACCGCUACCGGUCUAUCGGGGUGGGAUUUACCGAUUUCUGCCUUCUCCCGUUCAGCACAUUCGGGCCGUUAAUCGGUCUGACUCUAGCGCAAAGAUCCAGUUGGCGCUGGGUCUUCAUCCUAGGCGCAAUAACAGGCGUCACUGCCUUCGUAGGGACUGCAAUCUUCUACACACCACCAUCACGACCACUGAGAGACCGCACUCGCACACAAAUCCUCCGUGAGCUUGAUUAUCCAGGCAUUUUCUUUUACACUGCCGGUCUUACCCUUUUCCUCCUGGGUCUUGGAUGGGCUGGCGUAACGCAGCCAUGGAAAAGUGCGGCUGUACUAGUCCCAUUGAUUCUAGGGUUUGUGAUUUUCGCAAUGGCCUUCGUCUGGGAUUUUGGGGGAUACGCCAAACGUCCAAAUUUCCCUUACCAUAUCAUGUCCAAAGUCCGCGAAUAUACGGUCUUGUUGAUUUUAAUCUUCGUGGUUGGGCUCGUGUAUAUCUCUAUGACCGACUUGAUUCCCCAGAAUCUCGCGGACGUGUAUACACGCGAUGCAACCAAGGCAGGGUUCUACAACAUCCCAGCCGGAUUCGGCGGCUCUCUUGGAGGCACAGUUCUUGGUACAUUUGCCUAUCGUAUUCGACAUAUCCAUAUUCAGCUAGUGGUGGCAAUUACGGUCCAGACUAUCUUCACUGCUCUGCUUGCUCUGAGUACUCCGGAUCGACUACCCCUGGCUAUAAUCUGCCAAUUCUUUGCCAACACACCGUUUGCCUGGAUGACCACAUGUUGCUAUCUCACUGCAAGUAUCCACGUACCUCAGCGAAAUAUCGGCCUGGCACUUGGGCUUCUAGGCACGUUUCGAUUCCUCGGUGGCUCCAUCGGCACCACCAUAUUCACAACGAUCUUACAAAACAAAUCCACGCCAGCAAUUCUCAGGCGUGUGACAGACGCCGUGCUACCGCUGGGGUUCCCAUCUGAACAGAUACCAGAACUGAUUUCCUAUCUAUCCGGGACCGCUGCAGUAGGCAAUCUUACCGACACAUCGGCAGAUGUGGUCGAUGCUGCUAGGAAGGCUAUCCAAUGGGGCUGGAGCGAUGCAUACCGGAUUGUGUGGCUGUCUACCAUCCCGUUUGGCGUCAUUGCGUUUGUGGGUGCUCUCUUCGUCCGCGAUCCUUCUCCAUAUCUGACGAACCACGUAUCUGUCACUCUGGAGAAAGAGCGUUUGGAUGUGAGAAGACGCAGAAUGUAG